UCCAGCAGGAGACAGACACACAAGCUCAAGUUUUCACCAUUUCACCUCAGGAAAAUGCAUUUUUAAAUGGAUGCUGCAACUUUUCAUGGAUUUUCUGUCAAAACUGAUGUGAGGAAAUAGUUUUAUAUUUGAUUUUAUACUAUGCUAUACUCUUACUUUACUUUUUAUACUUUCAGUUGCUGUGAUCUUUCGUAAAUUGUACAUCAUUCAUAUUAAGUUGCUUUUAUCUAUAGUUUGAAGGAAGUUAAUGUUAAUUUCUAAUGUUUUUUUGUUUUUUUUAGUUUACCUAUAUUGAGGCUUCUCAAACCUUUUUUGCUUAGCUCAUUCUAAAUGCAAGGUUUAAAAAUGACCAGCCUCUCCAGGAGUAUUGAAGACAUAGGACGAGGCACAGGUGAGAGCCCAGCUCACAAACCAGAGACAAACACGUAUCGCACCUGGAGCAGCCUCCGCUUCUCAAGAUGGAGAAGUGCCUCACAGAGGCCAAGUCCCCCCAGCACCCCCUCCCCGAAGACAGGCAAGAGGAGCGACGUGACCAACACCCUGCUCUCCCUGGUCAAAACUCACAAUGAUGACUAUACAGCUGACCCCGACGGCCUGCUGGACUCCAACGAGGAGGUCGAUGGAACAAGCGAUGACCUUACACAAAACAAGUCCACCUUCUUCCACAGGCGGUUCUGCUCCUUGCUGCAGCCUGGGGUCAACAAGUUCUCCCUGCGCAUGUUUGGCAGCCACAAGGGUGUUGCUGCCGAACAGGCCAGGGUCAAGAGCUUUGGAGUGUGGAUCAUCCACCCCUACAGUGACUUCAGGUUCUACUGGGACCUUGUGAUGCUCCUGCUGAUGAUGAGUAAUCUGGUCAUGUUACCCUGGGGAAUCACCUUCUUUGAGGACCAGAACACAACACCCUGGAUCACGUUCAACGUCAUAUCUGACACCCUCUUCCUCAUGGACCUGAUUUUCAACUUCCGCACCGGCAUCCUAGGAGAGGACAGCCACGUCAUUCUGGACCCCAAGGAGAUCCGCUCGCAUUACCUUCGCACCUGGUUUGUGGUGGACUUUGUCUCCUCCAUCCCAGUUGACUAUAUUUUCCGCAUCAUUGACUUGGAGUCGAGGCACGAGACUUCGGAUGUUUACCGCACGGCACGUGCGUUCCGCAUUGUGCGUUUCACCAAGAUCCUCAGUCUGCUGCGUCUCCUGCGACUGUCUCGCCUCAUCCGCUACAUUCACCAGUGGGAAGAGAUUUUCCAUAUGACCUAUGACCUGGCCAGUGCAGUGGUGCGUAUCGUCAACUUAAUUGGCAUGAUGCUCCUGUUGUGUCACUGGGAUGGCUGCCUGACCUUUAUGGUGCCUAUGCUACAGGACUUUCCCGCAGACUGCUGGGUAUCCAAAAAUAAUAUGGUGAAUGCUACAUGGCACUUACAGUACUCGUACGCCCUCUUCAUGGCCAUGAGUCACAUGCUGUGCAUAGGAUAUGGUGCCCACCCUCCAGAGGGCAUGACGGACGUUUGGCUCACCAUGAUCAGUAUGGUUGUUGGGGCCACCUGCUAUGCCAUGUUCCUUGGCCAUGCGACCAACUUGGUCCAGUCCUUGGAUGCUUCACAUCGUCAGUAUCAAGAGAAGUAUAAGCAGGUGGAGCAGUACAUGUCAUUCCAUAAACUGCCAGCAGAUGUAAGACAGAGGAUUCACGAGUAUUACGAGCAGCGGUUCCAGGGCAAGAUGUUUGACGAGGACAGCAUCUUUGGAGAACUCAGCGAUCCACUCAAGGAGGAAAUAGUCAGCUUCAACUGUCGUGGGUUGGUAGCCAACAUGCCACUCUUUGCCAACACUGAUCCUCAUUUUGUGACUGUGAUUCUCACCAAGCUCCGUUUCGAAGUCUUUCAACCCGGAGACUUGAUCAUAAGAGAAGGAACUCUGGGUCGGAAAAUGUACUUCAUCCAGCACGGUGCUGUCACUGUCAUCCCACGCGGCAGCAAAGAGAUCCAUCUCAACGAUGGAGCGUAUUUUGGGGAGAUCUGCCUGCUCACUCAGGGACGACGCACAGCCAGCGUGAGCGCUGACACCUACUGUCGUCUGUACUCACUGAGCGUGGACAGUUUCAACGAAGUCUUGGAGGAGUAUCCUCUGAUGAGGAGAGCCUUCGAGAGUGUCGCUGUGGACAGACUGGGACGGGUUGCUCGCAGGCCCAGUUAUCAGCCUCCCACUGCAGAGUGACCUCCUCAUACUAGAAACAGAGAGACAGAGGGACACUCAUGGAGGAGAGUCAUCCCGCUUUGACUGAACUGAAUGCUGUUGACCUCAUGGAAUAUAUUUAUUUAUUUAUUAUUUAAUAUAUGAAUUUAAUUUUGUUACUUGAAUCUCAAUAAUCCACAGCAUCAUUUCGCAUUAGACAUUUUUGAACUCUUCACCUUAGAUCCUAUGGAAAAUUCACAAGCUGGAUGAACUCUGAUGAGAAAAUUAUGUAUUGUUUCUUAAAGCAACCUACAUUUUUCCUACAUGUCAAUGUCACGUAUGCUUCACAUACAGAAUAUUAGAAGCACCAGCUGCUAGAUACAUGCUGCAGAUUUAUGUCGCUCAGAUUCAAAUGAUCCCCCAGGUCUGCAUAUGAUGGUUUAAUACCAGUGCAUCCUGAGGAUAAGCUGCUGUGAUGUAAUAACUGUACAGAGACGCUUUAUAUGCAGUUACUAUACUAUAUACAGUAUCAUGGCACACUCACAUUGCAAGUUGUUCCUUUGAUAAUAUUGACUCAGUUAUUUGCAAAUUCUACUUCUGCAUCUCUACAAUUUAGUUUCCAUAUUAGUGGGUGAUUUUUUUUUUCCCCCCACACAUGAACCCACAGGUGGUCAUUUUCCUUUUAAAAUUGCAUUGAACCAAAUAUUAAUUUAAUAAAAUAAACCUCAAGUUGGUUAACAAGAAGAUGUACACCACCAUUACACAUUACAUCAAUACAUUAUAAAUGGCUCGGGUCUGUUUCAUGACCCUGUACGGUGGAAAAAGUAACUGCAUUAAUACUAAUACUGAUAAAAAAAAAAAAAGGAAGAGUAUUGUAAAAUAUUGUGUUUUUCCUUAUUCUUGUGCGCUGCUCUCAUUUACAAAUAGACAAAGCAAUUUACACGGUUUUGUCCAACAUGACUUCCUUUAAGACAGUCAAACAUCUUGUUCCAUCAUCUUGUGUCAUGUGACAAAGAUGACAUCACUGGUUCAGCAGUGACUCACAAGUAACAAAUCGAGGUUUCGCCUGGAAAGUGAACACAUUUCAUUUUCGCCGGCAUGAAUAAUUAUCACAGAGACAAACAGUGGAAACAAAAUAUUAAUAAUGUACCCUGCAGUUGGCAUAUAAACACAUCACAGGCGUGGAUCUUUGUGGACUGAUCAAGUUCACAAUCAUUAAAGAAUACACUCCAGAGUUGUGAUAUAGUGAAAUGUUUACUUAUCUGUAUCAUUAGAAUCAUUUCACCCAAUCAAUGUUUAUGUAUUGUAAGUAAAAUGGGGUGGAAUGAUGAUACUAUUCACUGUAUCACAAUGCUCCUGAAUGAAACCCUUAUUCCUAUCCUAUAGUUGAAUUAUUAUGACUGUUUUAUUGUGAAUGAUUACUUUAUUAUAGCAGAACUAUCAUUAUUGAAGAUGAUGUGAAAGUGCUGGACAAGUACUGUACCUUAUAUGGCCACAAGAUGGCAGCACAAUCCGCGAUAUUACAGUAGUGAAGGUGCUAGAGAAACAGAAACAAAAACAAGACAACACCAGACUUUUAUCAUCUUUUUGUUUUUGUCAGAAUCACAUGACCUGGUUCUGACAUGUACUGUACCUCACAUGACCACACGAUGGCAGCACAAUCCACAAAAAUAAAAUUAGAAUGGAAAAGUAGUGAUGGAUAUACAGUAAAACUUGUUAUUAACCUUUUCUAUUGUGCUUGUCGCAAUAAUUAUAUAAUCUCAAUAUAAUAUA